UCAUCAGAUUCCAUCUUCUUCCUCCUCCUCCUCCUUCUCUUCUUCUUCCUCAAAUCAACACUAAUCUCUUUCUCCACCACCACCACAACCACACAAUGCUUCUCCAUUUCUCCCCAAAACCUAACCUCUUCUCCCCACCCAACCUCCGCCGUAACCCACCCUCUCUCCAACCGAGAUCCCUCCGCAUACGAGCCAUCGACGCGGCCCAGAUCUUCGACUACGAAACCCAGCUCAAAUCCGAGUACCGCAAAUCCUCCGCCCUCAAAAUCGCCGUCCUAGGGUUCGGAAACUUCGGCCAGUUCCUCUCCAAAACCCUAAUCCGCCACGGCCACGACCUAAUCACCCACUCCCGCUCCGACUACUCCUCCGCCGCCUCCUCAAUCGGCGCCCGCUUCUUCCACAACCCCCACGACCUCUGCGAGCAGCACCCCGACGUCGUCCUCCUCUGCACCUCCAUCCUCUCCACCGAGUCCGUCCUCGCCUCCUUCCCCUUCCAGCGCCUCCGCCGCAGCACCCUCUUCGUCGACGUCCUCUCCGUCAAGGAGUUCCCCAAGUCCCUCUUCCUCAAGCACCUCCCCGUAGAGUUCGACGUCCUCUGCACCCACCCCAUGUUCGGCCCCGAGAGCGGCAAGCACUCCUGGUCCGGCCUCCCUUUCGUCUACGACAGGGUCAGGAUCGGCGACGAGGAUUCCCGCCGCGACAGGUGCGACAAGUUUCUCAAAGUGUUCGAGAGCGAAGGGUGUCGGAUGGUGGAGAUGAGCUGCGAGGAGCAUGACAAGCACGCCGCUGGGUCCCAGUUCGUUACGCAUACUAUGGGGAGGGUUUUGGAGAAGUUUGGCGUCGAGUCUUCUCCGAUUAACACCAAGGGUUACGAGACGUUGCUUGAUUUGGUGGAGAACACGUCGAGUGAUAGCUUUGAGCUUUACUACGGUUUGUUUAUGUAUAAUCAGAAUGCGCUUGAGCAGUUGGAGAGGUUGGAUAUGGCGUUUGAGUCUAUUAAGAAGGAGUUGUUUGGGAGGUUGCAUCAGGUUUAUAGGAAGCAGAUGUUUGGUGACGAGGGGAAGAUAACUGAGCACAAGUUGCUUAAUGAGGGUGGGGCUCUUGUUCGCAUCAAAGAGGACUCAUCAUCUUAAAACUACCAUGUUUGUUGUGUUUUGGUUCUGAAUAAAAGAAAGUUAUAUCUUUUUUUUUUUUGGAAAGUCUCGAGUGUUUGUUGUCAUUAAAUUAUCAGACUUAUGGAGCA